UUGAACGCUUCACCUUUGCUCGUUCUCAUUCAUACAUUUUAGCAGGGCCCCAGAAUCGACGCCGCUGUUUCCACGGCCAAUUUGCACAGCUCUGCCCACAGCGUGUUCAUGUCGAAACUGCGGAGGGGGGGUUUAUCAAACAAGUCUCUGAACUUGACAAAGGUUGCGCUCCCGUUCAACAGCUCCGCGGCGUGUCAAAACGCUGUCAUCUUGCAAAAUUUCUGCCCAGGUCACGGCAGGAGGCGUCUUCCGUGGAAAUAACAGCAAUUGGACGCUUUGCAUGCAUCCGCCUUGCAGCUAUUUCUGGAUGAUUGUUAGUUUUAUUAUUUGUAAUCGCGGUAUUUUAAUCGUAAUCCUAAAUUACACCACAGAGAAAGUCCGUUGUAGAAUAUCUGUAGCUCGAAUCUGUUGAAUGAUUAUUCUCAUUUCCUAAACAUCGUUGCCUGCUGUAACGCAGUGACAUCACCGAGACGCGGAAGUCGUGCUGACAUAGCCAGUCGGGUUAGGUACAAUAUUGCAGCAGGUGAGGAAAAGAUCCUCCGGUCACGUAUUUCUGUCAAGACUAUGGCGGGGAAAUGUCCCGAAAGUGCCCAAAGCCUUUCAAAAUACUUGGAUGGAAGCUGCUGGAGACUGAAGGAUAGCCUGCGACAGGAAAUAUCGCAAUGCAGUCUGUUCCAGAAUAGCAGCAGUUAUGACCUGAGCCUGGAGGAAAUGAGGGACCUUACAGUUGAGAGACUCCAUUAUUUGAUCAAACUGCCCCUGUUUCAGAAGCACCUCAAGGAGCAGAUGGAGAAUAAGAGGGACUUCAUACAGAAAAGCCUUGCCAUUGCAGAAGUGUUAUGUGCAGCUGAUAUGGGCACUGGAGUGAAGAUGGGGGUUGUAUGCGGACUGUUCGGAGGUGCCGUCACUAAUCUCGGAAGUCCUGAACAGAAGACAAAAUGGUAUCUUCCUGUAAGGGAGCUGCAGUUCACCGGCAUGUUUGCCAUGACGGAGAGGGGCCACGGCAGCAACGUGCGAGGGAUUCUCACUGAGGCCAGAUACGAGUCAGGCUCCCAGGAAUUCAUCAUCAGCACACCGUGUGAAGACGCCAAGAAAAUGUACAUAGGGAACGCGAUGAAAGGGAAUUUCGCCGCAGUGUUUGCUCAGCUCAUAAUGAAUGGAGAAUCUCAAGGCCCACACUGUUUCAUCGUACCUAUCAGAGAUCAGAAUGGGAAUAUGUACCCAGGAGUCACUGCCAUCGAUAUGCAACACAAAGAAGGUCUCCACGGAGUUGAUAAUGGAAUUCUGGUGUUCGACAGUGUUCGAAUCCCAAGGGAGAACCUCCUGAGCAAGUUUGGCUCAGUUUCGGCUGCUGGGGUUUAUCACUCUCCCAUCAACAGCAAGGGCGCCAGGUUCAGCGCGAUGCUGGCUGCGCUGACUCCCACAAGGCUGGCACUGACUGUCCAGGCCAUGGCCGCCAUGAAGCUUGGCCUCAUCAUUGCAGUUCGCUACAGUCACAGUCGCAGGCAGUUUGGACCGAAGGACCAAGAAGAAGUGAAGAUAAUCGAACACCAGACACAGUAUCUUCGGCUGAUGCCUCACCUGGCCUGUGCUUUAGCGUUAACGUUCACCACCAGGUCUGCAGCGGAGGUGAUGGACGGGGAGCUGUGUCGCGGCAGGGAUCUGAUGAAGAACCGAGCUCUGCAGGCCCUGGUGGCUGGGCUGAAGGCCUACAGCACCUGGGAGAACCUGGCCUGCCUGCAGGACUGCAGGGAGUGCACAGGCGGGAUGGGCUUCAUGAUGGCAAACCGCAUACCAUCCUUGAAGUGUGACUCUGAUGUUUUUGUGACGUUUGAGGGCGACAAUGUCGUCAUGCUGCAGGUGGUCGUGCGUGAGCUGUUGACUCAGUACACGAAACAGUUACAAGACGGCGCUGUGUUGGGUCACCUGAAAAACUGGACACGUUCUGCCUCCGAUAGCCUCAGAACCAGUUUCCUGGGCUUCAGCACAGAUAAGGUGGGGGAUCUGUCCUUUCUGCUGAAGGCUGUGAACUACAGAGAACGUGUUCUGCAGCGCAGCCUGGCUGCCAGACUCUACACCAAGGUGGAGAAGAACAGGGAGGAGUUCUUCCAGGCCUGGAACUCCUGUCUCCACCACAUCACCAGCCUCGCUCUCGCCCACAUUCACAGAGUAACCCUAGAGCAGUUUGCGCUGGCAGUGGAAGGUUGUCGAGUGAAGGAAGACCAAGCCUUGUUGACAAAGUUUUGCCUCCUGCAUGGCACCAGACUAGUGUACCAGGAGAGAGCCUGGUACAUGGAGCACAACUACCUGACGCCAAGUACAAGCCGGCAGAUAAGAAAUCAGCUCCUGGACCUGUGCAAGUCGGUGAAGGACGAAGCUCUGAGAGUCGUUUCAGACUUCAACAUGCCCGAGUGCUGCAUCCAGGCCCCUAUUGCUGGGGUCACCAAUCCGAGAGCCGAGUGGGCUUUUUACUCCCUUCCCCAGCACCCACGACAUGCGGAGCCCCAAGGGAGGAGGGCUCGCUUCACAUCCAGGCUGUGAUCCCCCCAGUGCUGUUGGCGUCUGCAGGACCUACCUGCUACACACAUUGUGUGGCUGCAGUUCGUUUCCCCCUCAGAUGGCCACAAUCGCUGUACAUGAUUGGAGAUUGGUUUUUACAUGGAGUGUUCUGUGUCUAAUGCACUCUUCUGCUCCAAUAACAGACCGACAAGCACAUUCAGACAUAUACUGUAGCUUUCGGUAUCUAAUACUUCAUCAUAUUUGAAACACCUAUAGUGUUACAGUCUGGAUAGGAAUAUUCAAGUAAUUGUGAAUUUAGUAAUGGCUGAUCUACAAUUAGUUAAGUGCUAGUUGAUUUGUCCCUGGCCAGACAUGUUUAAGUGUAUUUUUAACUAAUAUUUAUAUUUAAUUAUGAUACAUUUUUCUAAUCUAAUUUAGUUCUACUUUCAUCAUUUUUAUGUGCAAUUAAUUCAUUUGGGUAUGGCACACACAUGACUUUAUGGUAAGCUAUGUACAGUAUAUUGAAUCCUGAGUCUAGGAUGACCAAAUACAGUGUAUUAUGAAUCAUUUUGCCUGCUGAAUGCACUACAGUAUUUUUGGCUUGUUGGAAUGGUAUGUUUCUGUGCUGUCAAAGUAGUUUUCUUGGUAUGCAAAGGAAGAGGUAAUAGGUUUAUUCCAUGCUGAAAAGAGAAGAAAGAGAACACAACUUUUCAGCUGUGGAGCCUUCUUCCAGUGUAAGCCUUAUACCCAAGGAAGGCUCCACAACCAAAAUGUGUGUUUUCUUUCUUCUCUUUUCAGCAUGGAAUAAACUUAUUACUUCUUCCUUUGCAGCCUACACAUGCUGACGCACCUCCCCACCUGAAAGUUUUCUUGGUAUGAUAUUCAUGUAAUAAAAUACUUCAUCAGUAACUCACAGCACCCCAGCAACAGCCACACAGAGCAGGCACAAAUAACAGCCAUGUUUGGGGAAAACACCUGUUUAUUCCAGGAUUUUCAGAACUAUCAUUUGUGAAAGAACUGCAUAUUCUGCAUAGCACAAGAAGAACGUCUAAAACAGAGGUGUAUCUUCAGUAGUUUCCUCCCCCAAAAGACUGUAUAAUUACAUGAAAUAUGGUAGCUCAGCACAUCAGUGUGACAGUUAGUUCUACUGACUCACAGCACAGGGGUUCUGGAUUCACUUUCUUCCUGGGGUGACUUACGUGUGGAGUUUGCAUGGUCCCUUAUAGUGGCAUGUUUUUUUUUUCCUGCUGCUCUGAUUUCCUCCCGGCUUUCCAAAGACAUGAUGGUUAGGUUAGUCGGUAUAUCUCAACUAUCACAGUGUGUGCGCCCUCUCCUACCCCGUGAGUCUCCAUAUAUACAGUAUCGUAUCGUGUUCAGCCUGUCGUCCCACCUUGUGCUCUGUGCUUUCAAUACAGACUCCAGAUUCCUGUGAUCCUCUUCAGGAAGAGAGUAAUGGUGCUCCAGAUCACUGCACUCUUGCACUUCAACUCCACAAGAAAGAUUAAGGAAGUUGAAGCUCAUCUAUGACUUGACCAAUGACCCAGACAUGGAUCUUAGGGGGCAUCUGUCAGUCUGACUGAUCACCUACUCCACAUUGGAUAUUUACUCCUCGUAUUAAGUUAAUACUGUAUAGGAUUCAACAAGUCAAGGAACACUCAGGUGUUCUAUGCAAACCUUGCAGUUUGAGUCUACAUACGGUGUAUCAGUUCUGGAACCGACAGCAUUUUGUUACAUGUAAUGGUUCUCCCUAUAUGUACAGUAUACAUAGACCGUGUGUGUCUAUGGCACACCUGCAGUUAUCAGAAUGUGCAACACUUUAAGUAAAGUACUUUCCAAAGUUUCCAAGGAUUCUUUUGAGCGGAUGCAUAUUUUUAAUAUAUAAUUAAAUGUAAGUGACCUUUGACAGAACACUUCUCUAGUUAGGGAAGAAAAGUGAUUUUAUACUUGGGGAGACAGCAAUGUUUUUUUCCUAAUAUGGUCUAAUAUGGGCGUCUCAACUGAGCAACAAUGGACUUGAUCGGACAGUGCAUGACCGAGUAUAACGUGCAGUAUCACGUUGUGUAUUAUGGUGUAUGUGAUUUAUAAAAUUAAUACUGAUCAAGGCUUUUGUAAAACAUCCUUUUUGUACAGCACACUUCUACAUGCACAGUCCAGUUGCCUGGUUAACAUUUUGCUCUCUUCCCCGAUACCUAACCCCAUGUCCCUCAACAAUCAUUCUGUUCAACUUUUACAAUAUCGCUACUCUGUCGUGGGUGCUUGAAAACUUAGAUAUUUAACUUUUACAACAACUACUAGAACGUGACGCUUUUGCCAGAAUGGUUUAGUUGGGUAUUCCCGAUGUGGUCGACAAACGCCAGUCUAGUAAGGAAAAAACGUUGUGUUGGCUAUGCGCGUUAUGAACUCCUGUCGUCUAUUGAAAAUAAAAUAUUUUGGCACAACAAAAGAAUAGCUGGUUUCAGUCUCAUCAACUGAAUUAUAGCGGUAUUUUCCUUUUUCGGUGGAUGUGUGGGCGAACGUUUCUAGACCUGAUAAAAAUCGGUUUCAAAUCCUUUUAGCGCAGGAAUCGACAGAAAUAUGCGAGUCGGAGCAGCGACUGAUCAGACGUAAAGCUUUUUAUGGGUCAUUUCAUUGUUUUUUAAGAAAUAAUGCUUUUAAUAUCGAAUAUAGUUCUAUUUUAUUACUAUAUAAUUACAUUGUAAAUUUAAAAAUACUGUAUGCAGUGGUAUUAUAGAGACGAUGAAGGAGGAAUAUUUUGUCUUCGCCCGGUAUGGAUGCAAAUUCAAAGGAAAGUCUUGCUGUAUUUUAUUAUUAUUAUCAUUAUUAUUGUUGUUGUUGUUGUUGUUAUAAUUAUUAAUAAUUCUACAAGGCUUGUGAUACUACUACUUAAUCUGAAAUCGUAUAUAUACUGUACACUUCAAUUUCAUAUUUAUGUUAUUUACCUGAUAUUGCUACUACUGUACCGUAUUUUGCUUAGAAUGCUAUGCUUAAUUUUAAUAAGAAUGUAAUUUAAUUUAACACCACGCAUUUCAUUGCAAUUUGUUUAAGAGAUAACUGAAAAUGAUUAAGGAGACCCGACCUUAAUGUGUGCUUUUUGAAAUGUAGGCUGUAGUCGCCGACAGAGGCGUUUCGCCGGUGCUAACUUGAUACAAAAAUAGUUUUGCACGGCGUGUAAAUUGUGUUUAAAGUCUGGGUAUUGUAAAGCGAUCGUAAGUCUCGGUUUUGUUUGUGAACGUGAUUAGCCUAUAUAAGCAGAGGUCUGUGCUGUCUGAUUCUCUUGUGGCUUCUGUACACCCACUCUUAAAAAAGAAAAUUUCAUUAUGAGUGUAUGGUUGAAAGUUCUGUGGCUAGAUAAAUGAUUUUAAAAUUUCUAAAUGUCGUUUCAUCCAGCGUAGCCGUGCUGAGGCUCGAGAUUGUACACGACCUGCUAUUUGAAGACGAUGUCGGAUUACUUUUAUUGUUUAUAUCGGAAUAAAAAAAAAGUCUGCUGAAAUA